AUGAAUAAUCAAAUUAACUCUGUUGUCAAGUCCCAAGACAGACUUAAAAACUCAAAAAAGACUGUCCACAAAGAGAAAUCCAAGCCUAUUGAGAACCAAAAUAAAUCAGCAAGUACCGAACCUUCUGAAACUCCGGAUAUAGAGAAAAUACAUACAUUGUCUGAGCUUACACAAAUGGACUGAAAAGGAGCCCACACAAUUGAGCCCUUACAUAAUGCCGCUUGGGCAGCAGAAAAAGCUGAGUUAACUGAUACACUAAACCAAAUAAAAAAUUUCAACAACAUUUUGCUCUCUGAAAAUGAAGACUUAAAAUCUCGCCUAAAACAAAAAGAUGACAUAGAAAAACUAAUUAUGAAUCAGGUAUAUGAGUUCAAAAAUAAAUAUGAAGAACUAUAGCCCGGGUCUCCUUUUGGCUCGGACUACCCCACGUUUUCCAAGAUGGCAAGUCCAUCAUUAUUGGAGAUUUGCCAUUCUGGUAGUUGGAUUUGCAAACAGAUUUCAGAAGACCCAAUUUCAAUAUUGACAUCGGAAGAUGUCGGGAUAGCCUAAGUCAAAAGAAAGCUCAGGAUAUAUCUGCGACUUUAUUCCAAAAAGAGAAAGAAAUUCAGAUUUUGAGUGAAGAGCUAGAAGUGAAAAAUUUUGAAUUGGGAAAAAUCCAAAGCCAAUUGAACUUGCAGUCAAAAACUAGCGAGAAGUUUAAUAUAGCCAAAAUUGAAAAGGCGGCACUAGAAAAUAUUAGUAUUCCUGCAGAAGAGCCUUCAAAAAACAUCUCAAGUAUUUCAAUUAGUCAGAACGCAAACCUACCUAUAACAAAUGUCCAGAAACUUAUCAAUAAAAAAGGCCAGCAAGAAUUAAUUAUGCCAUUUCUAUCAAAUGCUUCGAGUAGGUGAAUGACAAGCUUAAGGGAUAUAGAAAUUUCUCCUAGAAUUGAAGAAAGAUCGGUGUCUCCUCAAAGGAGAAAAAUUAACCAUAAAGUUGAUGAGAUGGUCAGAGAAAAAUUUUUGUCGAAAAUAAAGCCCAAGAUUGAAAGCAAUUUAUAA